AAUAAAAUACAAGAGUCAAUAAAGGUGGUCGUUGCGGUAUUCAGCAGUGAUGUAUUUCAACCAUUUUUAUAUUUUUCAUACUCAAAUUGACUAGAGUACAAUAGUUAUCGAAUGCAGAAGAUCCAGUGUGUAAUUUGUGAAAAAGUGGAGUUUAUCAACUUUCCUCGAGUUUGAUUGCAUGGUUCAAUAUGAGAUAACCAAAAAAGAGUUCCGGAGUGCAUCACUGGUAGAGUCCAGCAGCGGCGUACAAUAAACAGCAUAAUGAGAGAAUUGCGACCGCAAAGAGAGGCUUGCUGGUGAGAUCCUCUGCAAAGUGGCCAUCCCUUCCGUUUUUGUGUUCACCGUUCUUUAGUCAGCAGGCAGGAGCAAACCUCGUACUGUGCCGUGUGUGCCGUUGUAAAGCAAGCAAAGCACAUCAACCUACAGACAGCCAGGCCAGACUGUGACGGAGGGUGAGAGAAAAAUUACAUAAAACUGCUCCUGUUUGUUCCGUCGUGGUUUGCUACCAUCGCUCCUCCAGAUCAAAAUUUUCAGUGGUCAUCGCAAUUUGAAAAAUCAGCUAAUAAAGUGUCCUGUUGUGUAAGAAAAAAAGCAUUGAAUUGCACCUGGAGUGAUGUUUCACUGAAGUGGAAAAAACGAGUAUUGUGCGUGAAAAACCGCAGAGCGUUGCUGCGAUCGAUACCUGGCAGGCGUAUAUUUUGGAACCUGAGUAAAAUACGUCCAGCACGGAAACUUCAUUUUUCUUCUAUUGUAAAUUGAAGUAGAGUAGUAAUACAUUAAAUCAUUUAGAAAGAUUUAAGCUAACUGAAAAAGUUAAAGCAAAGAAAAAAAAUGUUGGACUCCUGAUACCAGAUUUUCAACGCGGCCCCUUCACUCUCUUGUUCUUGUUCUUGUUUUUCUCUAUCAACGAAAGCACCAAAAGAAGGGCCACCCAUCAUCGGCAGUUAGGAAGACGAGAGCAAUAGUGAGAGGCAUAACCAUCGUAUGUGCUAGAAAGGAGCAGGAGAAGGAAAACGGCAGUCUACUAGUGUAAAGGAAUUUUCCUAAAAAAUAUUCUGACCCCCGGUUUGCCUUUGUAAAAUUACGCUAAAAGUGAAUAUAAUCAAGUGAUAGUUGUUGUCUGUAACUUGCUAUUUUAGUCCUCGAGAAACCACGGAAGCAACUCCCACCUAAAUAAAUAACGAUAAGGAUUACGAGUUUUCAGUGAAUCGGAAAAAAGUAGAAUUGCGGUCAAUAAAACUCUAUUUCCAUUAUCGUAAUGUGGAGAAGCAAACUGACCUUAAAAUCAUAUUUCAAAAAAUGGUACUGUGAAAUCUUCUGAACUACAACACUAAUGAUCUGCUACGGUAGGUGAGAUCAGUGGCCGAUACGGAGAGAAUGAGCGAUAGCUGAAAAGUGUGCUGCUGUUAUGCUUACGACACGUCAGAUUGCGUUGUCCUCUUGCGGAAGGAUUUGCACUGUUUGCUAGAGAGAGUGUGAGUACGGCCCAAAUUUUCGGUGCCUGACACAAUCACCAGAGGUAUAGAAAACGGGUAGAGCGGUUAGUGAAAAGUUUACAGCUGAAAGACAGUUUUUAAAAGGACAGAAAACUUUGCUGAAGACAAAAAAUAGGGGAAAAAUACCGUAGCUGAAAAAUUGCACCAAGGGGAUGAAAAUAUAGCACAAGUUUAAACAAAAAACAAUUUUAUUUCUAAAACCGGUGAAUCGUUUGAAUUUUUCUUAAUUUUCGGUAUACUUCAAGUCGAUGUGGAAUUUUUGACUAUACGCAAUAAUUUUUUGUGAAAACAGGAGAUUUUUGGGCAGGAUAAUAGCCCGUUUAUAUUUUCCAAUUGAGUUUCCAUUAACAAAAAGAAGUUUUCGAAAAGUGAUUUGAAAGGUUUUAGUUUGUGACAUCGAAUUUGAAUUUUGUUUCACGCGAAAAAAGUUGGCAAAUUCGCCUAACAAUAAAAAGUGAAUCGUUUGUGUAUAAGCAGAAUAAUAUAAAUACCGAUAAACGAAAGGAUUAAGUAAUAAUCACUUUCGAGUGACCGUAUAAAACAGUUCGCCACGACGUCGUCCAACAGCAGCCAGCCGCCACCGACAGCAGCAGGGGGAGUUGGAAUUGGAACAGGAGGGGCAGGACCAUCAUCUGCGUCCAAUAAAGCAGGAUCGGCGGCAGGAGGAGGAGGGGGACGUCGACGUUCCCGUAGUCAGGUACCGAACAGUAGCGGAGGAGGCGGCGGCGGCGGCAGUGGUAGUGCGAGUGCUAGUCGGCGAAGCAGCAAAACGGAUUACGCUCGGCGAAGAAGUCCUCCUUCUUCGGUUACUGACGAUUCUUCCUCCUCGCUACUGCUGUCUGUUUCUGCCGGAGGUCGCACGGCAGGAGGUACGGCAGGCGCCAUUGACCGCGAGCGUGAAAGCGGAGGCGGCGGAGGUUCGGCCACCAGUCAUCAACACCAUCCACAUCCACCGGACUCGUAUGAGAAGGGUCAUAACAUGGCUUCGUCCAAUCACCGUGGAAUACAGAUCGGUUCGGCCUGGUUUCAGCGGAAAAUCAAUCUGCGACCACAGCAUCGGGGCGUUCAUCUGGUGACCGAGGAAAUUCUUCGCCAAAUGCCAGAGCUAGGGCAGUUUUCAGUCGGAUUGUGCCAUGUUCAAAUAUUACACACAUCGGCCAGCCUAGCGUUAAAUGAGAGUUGGGAUCCCGACGUGCGAGACGACAUGGAAAUGAUGCUGAACAAAAUUGUUCCGGAAGGACUCCCUUACCGCCAUUCCUGCGAAGGCCCCGAUGAUAUGCCCGCCCACGUGAAGGCCUGUUUUCUCGGCAGCUCUCUGACAAUCCCGAUCACUGAUGGUAAACUGUCACUCGGCACGUGGCAGGGCGUGUGGCUGUGUGAGCACCGUGAUCAUGCUGGUUCGCGCAAGCUGGUGAUAACGCUGUCCGGCUGCCCUCGCGACUCAGCCCGGAGUCCACUCUCGCCGGUAUCGCCAAUUGCAUCCACUUCCAGUUAGGGACGGCCUCGCUCUGCUCGCGAUAGUCGGUAAUCGUGGGUUAGAGCGGUGCUCUGCUGUAAGUUUCAUACUGAUAAGCGUCAUUAUACUAUUGGGAUUAACCUUGGUGCAAGGUUAUAAAAAAGGAACCUAUAAAUAAUUAUGUUAAUUAUAAAGUCAAAAGAGGAUACAGAGAAAAAUACAGUGCAGAUAAUUGAAAACAGAUUUUAAUGAGCAGAUAACAGACAAGGCUUUAGGCAGAUGGAGAAAGAUUCAUACUAAUAAUAUCCUAAAUUAUUAGAUAUGAAGCAACAGAGAAGCAAAAACAUAGUUUGAUUUAACAUUUAUAUUACAAUUGUAGCUUUAGAUAUAUAACAAAUAGAAAUCGCUAAACAAAUUUCAUAUAACAAAUCGCAAUGAUAAUAGCAUUUAAGAUGUCUACUUGGAAGCUAAUUCAGAUAAACAGCUCGGUCAAAGGAACUAAUUUUUAUCAACAUAGGAAAACACAUUUUUUUAUUUUUACUAUUUUUAAUAACCGGAACUGUAGAGGAAAUAGAGAAACUAAUGAAUAGCAAAAAAACCAAAACAGAAAGAAAUAGAGAGGAUAUAUUUUUGUUUACAUUUUUAUCACACUUCAUUUUCAUUUUUGUCAAAAAGUAAAACUAAAAUAAAAAUAGGGCUAAUAGGCUGAACCAACGCGUACACGAGUGCACAAAAUGAAAAAAAAAAACUAGAAUAUAAAAUCAUACCGAUACUACCAUAUACAUACACUCAUGUCGAAGAUAAAUCAAGUUCAUCUCUAUCAUGAGUUUUGAUUAAUUACUACUAGUAACAGGUCACCGUUACUCUGACACUAGGAUCAAGCGCUUUUAUUUGUUUUUGCGUAUGCUCUGCUAAGUGAUAUACUUUGAAUUUAUAUAGAUUUUGUUCGGUCAUGAAGCAUCGAUACGGCAGAGUAGACAACAAUUGCAAUCCGUUUAUUAUCACUGAUGGCCACGGAAGUUGGCAACGGAAGCUGUGCAGCAAAAUCGUCGAUUGUAUUAUAUAGCGAUUAGGAGUUUAGCAUGUUUUAAAAGCAUCUAAUUGUUUUUAGCUUUCAUCAUGUAAGUUAAGUUACGUAACGGGACAUGCGUAUCGUUGGGCGGACCAUAAAGCAAAUGAGGCAGCAUUACGUUUUUGUGCCUCAGGGAACAGUACCGGGAUUGCGUGAGAGCGCACCAUAAAAAGGUUGAUGGAUUUUGUACAUAUAGGGGUAGUAUUGUUAUUUACGAUGAAGCGAUAAAUUGUUGAUUUUAUUGUUUAAUUCAUGUCCUAUUGUCCGGGUUUAUAAUACUGUAUCAGUUAAAGGAGAUGAGGGUAUUUUUUACUUAAUUUUUUUUAACGAACAGUUGAAUGAUUUAGUAGUGACGGGAGUAAGAGGAUGUCUGUAGGGAUAAAGUAAUAUCAGUUCAUUAGUAAGGGUAAUUUAUUGAUAAUUAUUUUUUGUGACACGUGAAAACUAUCUUGUCGAUUGCACAAUUUUUGAAUUUCUCAAUGAAUUGAUUUCUAGACACAACAAUUUGAUUUUAGUAAAUUUUACAAUUAUUUUGACUGUUUUAUUUUGAAAAAUAACAUUUUCAAACAAUGUUCAUUUGUAUAUUUUAAAAAUUUGGACCGAAAAUUUAGGCUCAAAUAAAUGAUUGAUUCUAUAAAUUAUUUAAAAUUUUGAGCCUAGGAGACUUUACUGUUUGUUAUUUCAGUAGUAAAACACCUUUGAACACCCUUGCAUUCGAAACUGUUCUAGUAGUCAUCAUCAUAAUAGAUUCACCAUCAGCAGAAACAUCCAUUGUAGAGUGUGUAAUACUAUAUAUCAAAAAGCAAAUUGCAGUUGCAUUUUCUGCAAUGUAUAUCCAAGAACAGAAAUUAAAACGUCUUCUUUCGGAAAACAUGUUAGGCAAAUUAAGAAAGAAAAUAAAUCUUUUGCACAUUACAAUCGCUUCAAAAUUAAAAUGAAAAAGAAAAAAGGAAAUGCCAUUAGAGCGAGAAAUACACACAAUGGAAAAAUAAGCAUAGAGACAACCAUUCCUUGUCCAUCCUUUUCUAUAAUGUAUCAAGUUGUGAGAAAGUUUGUAUUUUUUACAAAAGUAAAGUAUAAAACCAAAAAAAAUGAAUCGAUAUAUUUUGUUAAAAAUAACAUUUUUUAGUGAUUUUUGUAGCACGAGUCGAAAAAUGGAACCAACGCAAUAGUUACUAUUACUUGUUAAUUUUCAACUUAAGGGCGAUAGAGACUUCGUAUAAUUUUGACGCAUGUUAAAAAAAGCUAAUCACGAAAAGAGCAAUUAAUUAGUUUGUAAGACACAACAUCCAUUUUAACAGCGAUUUAACCGUUUGCUUUUUUGACGAAUAUCAUAAUUUAGUAUCCUUCAAUUAACUAUCGUGAAUUGAACGGGGCAACAGGAUUUCGUAAAAGUUGAACAUUGUUAAACAAAUUGCAAUCCAAGUCUUCCAAAACGAGAGUCUCUUCCCCCUCGUUCUGAAGACACCACGUGCAAUGGUUUUUAUUCUAACUUUCUGGGUGUAAUAUUUUACUUUGCUCUAAUCAAAAGACCGACUCAUCAUCUUUCAAACUACGAUUUUUUGGAAACUGAUGUCGUCGGCCCGUAAUUUUAUUGCCAAGUGUUUCGUAAAUCCUGUUGCUCUGGAAUACAACAUUUUUCAUUCGAUAAUUUUCCUCUAUUCUCCUAUUCAAUGGUAGAUUCCAAUUGCACAAUACAUCAUACUACUAAUCAGUCCAACCAAACCGAAGCCGUAUUUUUCGGUGAAACCAAAAAGCGGUUGGUUUCAUUUGUAACCGAUACCACGCAUUAAAAAUAACAACAUAACAUUAAUCACACCAGAGCACUGUUAAAGAAAUAUCACUAGAGGCUAAAAACUUCAUCAACAUUCACAAUCGAAUUGUUAGUAAAUGUAUAUCGAUUUAGCUGAGGAGCAACGUUGACAGAAAACCCCAAAUAUAUAAUAGAAGACAAGCCAACCAGAAUCCAUUCCCACGAGGACGUAAGAUCCAAAUUUAGGAAAGAAAUGUUACAGACAAUGGCUUUAUUCGUCAAAAAAAAAAGAGAAAAACCGAUAUUGGUCGAUUUUUGCUACCAAACAGUUUUGUAUACUAAACCAGAGAAAUAACACACGUGCAAAAUUUCCGCCCCCUUUGUAGUAUAAUUGUAUGCUUCAGGAGUGUAUUUAUUAGAAGACACGUAUUUUUGUGUAAAACGACACCCGUCACCAGCGCCAACACAAUGUCACAAACCGUCAGCAGAUGUUACCGGAGCAGUAGCAUUUUAUGCAUCUAUAGGAUGGAAAAGUAACCAUCAGCUCAAUACACGAUUUAUUCCCUCGUAGCUAGAAGCUGUACUAACGAAAAUGUUAACAAUCGUGUAUCUAAUUGUGCUUGAUUCGAGCUGCAGUAAAAAAAGCGUAACCAUACCGUCUCAACGAUAUUUAGAGAAAAUAAAAUAUUUAGGCACUUUUUAUACAUUCUCCUUCAUUCGGAUUAUAUUUCAGUAAACGGAUCUUUUCCGCACCGUUUACAUCCAUUUUGCUACGCUGCUUACUAUUAGACAGAUAGCUAGGAGCCUCUUUUUUGAGUAAAAGGAAAGGUAUCACUUCGAUCUGGUUGGAUAUAUGCACGCGUAAAGAUACGCGUUUUCCGCGGUAAUCGUCAUAUCGUGAUCGUGCAUUGCAUCGAGUUUUAAAUCGCUUGAACUGGAUCAUUGGACUGCGCCGAACAUUACUCGUUAAUUAAUGUACCUACCAUCUCAGAGGUCUCAAAUCAACCGGAACAACAUAUGUGCAUUCCAAGUAUAUUUCCAAUUCUUAUUGCGUAAUUAUCCAUUAUAAAAAAAUGCGGCAUUGAACUAAUACUUUAAAAACAGGGGGCGUUUGAUACUCUGUUUCUUCAAAUAGCUUUUAAAUAAAAGUUCCUUGCUAAUUACACUAAUAUCAGUGGUGAUCGGAACGAAACAAUGUAGUAUGCGGAUUUAAAUUUCAAAUAGUCGUCAUUCAAAUUUUAGAUUUUAAAAGCUGUUUUUGUUCUCAAAAUAGGGUUGCCAAGUCAAAGUUUGCCAAAAUUACAAAAACCGGCCGGUCGAUCCUGCCUUCAAAAUGCAAGGGGGGGUGGUAGCAUAUUAGACAUUUCGCCUGGAAUGUGCGUUAAUGACAUAUUAUUUGAGUAUUCGUAUUCGUCGAAAGUCACUUGACAGUUUCCCAUGUAAAUGGGAUGAGAAGUCAGUUAUGACAGUCGCAACCAUAACGAACAUUGAAUGGAUUAUUGAAAAUAGCUAGUUAUAGAGUUACAACUACUUACUUCUGACGCUAGUGGACAAUUUAAUGUAUAUUACCGCAAGAAGCAAAGUAAUGUCACUGCAAAACUGGCUGUCCUUAAUGAUCUACUGCUCUGGAUUGCUAAUAAAUUUAUCCGAAAAUUUAACAAAUCAGGUUAAAAGUAAAAAUCCGGCUUCAUAUGUCGAAAAACCGGCCUUUUUGCAGAAUUGACCGGCCACCGGCUUUGCAAGUGAAAAACCGGUCGGACCGGCCAAAAACCGGCCACUUGGCAACCCUAUCUCAAAAUAAUAAUUCUGUUCAUGAAAAUGUAUUCAUUUCAUCAGAACACAACCUUAAAUUUUCUAACAAUUUUAGCGUUUGGAAUAGGAGUUUGCUGCCGGUGGAAGCAUAACUGUCCCAUGUUACAUUUGGUCAUUUUCGACAUUUUGUUGUCUAACGUUAUAAUUAUAUAUAUACUAGCUGACCCGACAAACUUCGUAUUGCCACAAAUUAACCUGUGUUGUACAUAAAUCAUGAAUCUCGGAUGAUCUUUGUCACUUCUCGAGUUUUGCAAGCCCCCCAGUGGGCGGCGCUUCCGACGGCGGGUCACCGGCAACAUUCGCGACCGGCUCGUCCUGAAUGAUCUAGAGUUACUAUAGAUAGUUUUUGUGGUCUUGUUAUUGAUUAAUGUUUUAUGGAAGAGUCUCGAAUUUCUCGAGUUGGAUUAGUUUUUGAGUUUCGCAAAAAUUUCUGUUUUA